GAAGUUUUUUCGCUGUCUGGAUCGUCAACCCAACCAGACGUUUCUUGAGAAGGUCGUGGUUUAAACUUUUGUGUAUUCUUACAGCGGUACAUACUGGUGCUCGGAUAUGGCCACCUUCAUUUCCGUACCGCUCAAGAAGACGUCCGAAGUGGACAUAGCAAAACCACUGUCAAAGUUCAUUCAAAGCGUUUAUCCUGCCGGAGACGAGCAGGCUGAUUAUUGUCGCGCGGCCGAGGAGUUCAACAAGCUGCGUAAGAUUUCAGUUGGAAAGCCGCUGGACAAACAUGAAAACUCGCUUGAAACUGUCAUGAGGUAUUAUGAUCAACUGUGUUCAAUAGAGCCUAAGUUCCCAUUUACAGAGAGCCAGCUCUGUUUAACGUUCACAUGGAAAGAUGCCUUUGAUAAAGGAUCUAUCUUUGGAGGCUCUGUAAAGCUUGCUCUUCCUAGUUUGGGUUAUGAGAAGACGUGCGUGUUGUUCAACAUAGGUGCACUAGCUAGUCAGAUUGCGUCCGAACAAAACCUUGAUAAUGACGAGGCACUGAAAGCAGCUUCAAGAUAUUACCAGCUUGCUAGUGGAGCAUUUUCACACAUUAAAGAUACGGUUCUGUCUUCAUUAAACCGAGAUCCUACUGUUGAUAUCUCUCCAGACACAGUAGGCACACUCGGUCUAAUAAUGCUUGCACAAGCCCAAGAGGUGUUUUUCUUAAAAGCUACCAGAGAUAAAAUGAAAGAUACAAUAAUAGCAAAAUUGGCUAACCAAGCAGCUGAUUAUUUUGGAGAUGCGUUUAAGCAAUGUCAAAACAAAGACACAUUACCUAAGUAUUUCUAUUUCCAGGAGGUGAUACCAGUGCUGGCUGCGAAGCAUUGCAUCAUGCAAGCCCAUGCAGAAUAUCACCAGUCAGCCCUUGCUAAGCAGCAAAAGAAAUUUGGCGAAGAAAUCGGGAGAUUACAGCAUGCUUCAGAUUUGGUCAAAACAGUGGCUUCCCGCUAUGAUGAAUAUAUUAACGUCAAAGACCUGGCAGACAAAAUCCAUCGAAGUCUUACAGCUGCCAAGAAGGACAAUGAUUUUAUUUACCAUGACAGGGUUCCUGAUUUGAAAGAUCUUGAUCCUAUUGGAAAGGCCUCUCUUGUGAAGCCAACACCUAUUGUCGUCCCUCUCAGCCAAAAAUAUAGUGAUUUGUUUGAGAAGAUGGUGCCUUUGGCCGUGCAGGUAGCUCUCACUGCCUACAAUCAGAGAAAGGCUGACCUGAUUAAUUCGACAAUUGCUCAAAUGAGAGACGCAACAACUCUUUCUAAUGGGGUACUUGCUUCUUUAAACCUUCCUGCUGCUAUUGAGGAUGUGUCUGGGGACAGCAUACCUCAAUCAAUUCUGCAGAAGUCCAAAGCUAUUAUCGAGCAAGGUGGUGUGCAGACAAUUGACCAGCUAAUCAGAGAUCUUCCUGAACUGCUACAAAGAAACAAGGAAAUCCUUGAUGAGUCUCUGAAGUUUUUGGAUGAAGAAGAAGCUACUGAUAAUGACUUAAAGUCAAAAUUCAAGGAGCGAUGGCAAAGGACACCUUCUAUUGAACUUUAUAAACCUUUGAGAGUUGAGGGCACCAACUUCCGUAAUGUUUUGGACAAGGCCAUAUCAGCAGAUGCUGUUGUAAAAGAGCGCUACAUGUCUCAACGUGAAGCAAUUUCAAUUUUGUGUAAGCCAGAAGCACAGCUCAAUGCAUCUAUUCCUUCUGCCAACCCUGCAAAAACCAUGCAAGGAAGCGAGGUUGUGAACACAUUGAGAUCAAUUCUAACAAAGUUGGACGAAGUGAAAAAGGAGAGGGAGCAACUUGAAAAUGACAUUAAAUCUGUUAAUUUUGACAUGACUACUAAAUUUCUGACUGCUCUGGCACAAGAUGGUGCUGUCAAUGAAGAGGUUAUAUCAGUGACUGAAUUGGAUCGAAUCUAUGGAAACUAUACUCAAAAAAUGCAGGAAAACUUGAAAAAGCAGGAAGAUCUUAUUUCCAAUAUCCAGGCCUCUUACCAAGAAUUUUCAAAAAUGAAGCAGUCAAACAGUGAAGCUAAUUUAAGAGAAGAAGUCUUAAAAAAACUAGCUGUUGGAUAUGACAACUACAUUGAACUUCUUGCCAAUUUGAGAGAGGGCACAAAGUUUUACAAUGAUCUAACAGAAAUUCUUCUGAAGUUUCAAGGCAAAUGCAGUGACAUUGUAUUUGCACGCAAGACAGAAAGAGAUGAAUUAUUAAAAGACUUACAACAAAGCAUUGCAAGAGAACCAAGUGCACCAUCAUUUCCUACAGCACCAAGUUAUCAGACUACACCCUCUUCUACUCCGGCAUCUUCUACAGCAUCAUCUACUCCAACGCCAGCCCCUCGGACUGUCUUUGCUGGCAAACAACCUCCACCCCGCCCUCCUCCACCAUCAAUUCCUGCAACUGCUCCAGCUCCAGUUAGCGCUUCACAGAUGAGUACUCCAUCACCUUCCUCUACUGUUUCAACUUCAACACCUUCACAAAAUCCUACCAACAUUAUUCCUACACAGGCACAAGGGCCACCUUAUCCAACCUAUCCUGGAUAUACAGGGUAUUAUGGAAUGCCAAUGCCUGUUGGUUACAACCCUUAUAUGUAUAGCCAGCAAACUAUGCCUCCAUAUAUGUACCAACCACCAUCUGGACAGGCACCCUACCCAGCCCAGCAGCCUGGCUAUCCAUACCCACAGCAGCCUUAUUUCCCACCACAAUAAAAAAAAAAAAUAAAGCAGCAAAAAUGUUAUGGAAAUUUGAAAAACUUGCAACCUAAUGUUUAGCAGCAGUUAUUGCACUGUAGUAUUCAGUUUUCUAUUUCUGUUUCUUAAUUUUAAAAAGUGCUUUCAAGCUGCCUCCUAUCAAUGCAAGGCGUGACAUGGUCGGUUUGGACUACCCUUUGUUGCAUAAUUUACCAGUAUGAAGUUCGGAUUGUGCUUGAGAACAACAGAUGCUAUGGGGAUUAGAAACUGAUGUAUAGUGAAGAAAUAUCUUCAGAUUACUCUGCCUUUUGCAUAUGAAUAUAAAAGGGUACAGGGGACUUGGGUUGUAAAUUCUUUAUUUUUACUUUAAUUCCUUUACUGUUCUGUACUUGUGUGCAAUAUUUGUCUAUUAAUCAAAGCAUAGUAAAUCAUAAUUUAAAAAAUAAAAAUACAAAUUUUA